AACCUAUUUUUGCCCCACCCUGUAUAACAGAAAUUGUAUGGGUAGAGAUGGCCAUAAAGUGUUAAGGUGGGAACUUUGCCCAUAAUUAAUCUUUCCUGUACUUACAGUCUCUGCCUACUGGUGUAAUUUCUCCUACUGCCUAUAUGCUUAUUUACAAGGUGGGACCAUGUUACUGGCAGCACAGGCUAAUCUACUUAGAGCCACAUGCCAGUGGCUCUAGAUAGAUUUGGUCACAUGCUCAUCCCUUGACCAAUUCCAGCAGCUGAGGGCAUGGGGCACUAUGCUUAGUUCAACCUAAGUCAUGCGAGGUGCCCACUUUUAUGGCCAGGGUUCUGUUAGCAGAAAAUAGACACUUAGUGGGGUAGGGGAGGAGAAUAAGGAGUUCUGGGCAGACAAAAAGAAUAUCUGUUAUAAUUCUCAACCAGCCUUCUGGUUAUAAAUUUAUUUUCCUAGAUACUUUAUUUGUGGGAAAGAGAUGCCCUGUACUAUGGACCUGAGUAUUCCAGGUACUGAAAUGUAAGAAGACAUUUUGAAUAAUAAGAGCUGUAGAGUUGGCAGAUAUUAACUGUGGCCUUAAUGAGCAUAUUGAUAGCAUCCAGACUGACAGUCCUAUUACUGCUGGAUUGUGCAAGAUAUUUAACCCUGUUUUCUUUGAGGUAUGACUUAAAUAUUAAACAUCUUACAUAAUAAAGGAAAACAUUUUAGUUUUGGAAGUCAGAAUGCCAAGGAAAAGGAAAAAUCUUGGGGGAAAUUCUUUUCGGAAGACCGCAAACUUUAAGGAAGUUGUAUCCAGUAUUGCUAGUCAUGAGGAGCCAACUACUCUUCCUUCCAUGUGUGAAACAAAAGUUGAUCAGGAAGAACUCUUCGUCAAUAUCUCAGAGAUGUUUUCUGAGCUGGAUCCCGAUGUAGUGUAUUUGAUGCUUUCUGAAUGUGAUUUCAAAGUUGAUAAUGCCAUGGAUUGUCUAUUAGAAUUAUCGGCCACUGAUACCAAGAUAGAAGAGUCAUCUUCAGAAAACGUCAUUGCUUCUGAGAACCAAGUAAGUGCAUCAGGACAUGAAAUAAUGGAAAAGUGUCCUGAAGACGAGAGUGAAGAUUCAAAAAUGGAUUCAUUCUUGGACAUGCAGCUAACCGAAGACUUGGAUUCCUUAAUACAGAAUGCUUUUGAGAAAUUGAACUCUUCUCCUGAUGACCAAGCAUACUCAUUUUUGCCUCUGCAAGAUGUUAAUAGUUUUAGUGACCCGAGUGCGUUCAUAAAUUCAGAUUCAAGUAGUAUGACUCCCGUUCUUUCUGCACAAACUAUGGAUUUGAACAGUGACAAUAUAGAGACUUCUGCCUCUACUUUAAGUUCAAGCCCCUUAACUUCACAGUCGGUUUCAAAUGAGUCCAAAAGUUUUAUGAAGGAUGACACAUUGGAAGAUUCUCUUCUCAGUAGUUCUUUAAGUGUAGCAAAUGACACUGUGGUGGAUUGUAGCAAUCUCAAUCAAAGCAAGAAAGAGCUUUCAGAAUCUGAGUGUGCUGAGACUCAGUUCUCUCAAGCCCCUGUAGAUUUGGAUGCCACUGAACCUCAGGCUCCUUUAAACUGUACUGUGCAAAAUCCAGGGCUUGGUUUACUAGGUACAGGUGGGGAUCAGAAAUCUACUUCUGUCCCUGAUGUGUUUGUACCUUCUGAAGAAUUCAAUUUCAAGCCACGCAAACAUAGUGAAUUGCAACCAAAGGGGAAGGAUGUGAAUUACUGCCCAGUGCUUACCCCUAUCCCUCUACUGCUGCCUCCUCCACCUCCACCAAUGUGGAAUCCAAUGAUUCCUGCCUUUGACCUCUUUCAAGGAAAUCAUGGCUUUGUAGCUCCUGUUGUUACCACAGCUGCACACUGGAGACCUGUCAACUAUACAUUUCCAUCUCCAGUUAUUUCUCACCCUUCCCCAACAAAGGUGUGGAGAAAUAAAGAGGGAACAAGUGCUUAUCAAGUACAAGAAACUCCAGUUUCUCAGGUUGUAAGAAAGAAGACAUCUUAUGUUGGACUAGUUCUUGUUCUUCUUAGAGGGCUUCCAGGAUCAGGAAAAUCUUUUUUGGCAAGGACUUUGCAAGAGGAUAAUCCAAGUGGAGUCAUUCUUAGUACUGAUGAUUACUUUUACAUAAAUGGACAGUACCAGUUUGAUGUAAAGUACUUAGGAGAAGCACAUGAAUGGAACCAGAAUCGUGCAAAAGAAGCAUUCGAAAAGAAGGUCUCUCCUGUAAUAAUAGAUAAUACAAACCUACAGGCAUGGGAAAUGAAGCCAUAUGUUGCUUUGUCUCAAAAACAUAAAUAUAAAGUCCUUUUCCGGGAACCGGACACAUGGUGGAAGUUCAAACCAAAGGAACUUGCAAGGCGUAAUAUUCAUGGGGUAAGCAAAGAAAAAAUAACAAGAAUGUUGGAACGCUAUCAACGUUUUGUUUCAGUGCCAAUAAUAAUGAGUUCUUCAGUGCCAGAAAAAAUUGAACGUAGUGAGUUAUGUCCGUAUUCUUUUGAGGAUCGAAGUUCUAGCCCAAGAGACAAUGAAGAAAUUACCUCUGAAAAAGAAGAAAAUGUUUUAUCUGCAUCUUUGAAGCACAUAGAGUUAACUGAAGAGAAGAAACUUGAAGUGACCAAAGAAACUAAGUUACCUGAGAAUGUUCCAUGUCACCCUAAUGCUGCCGAUUUAAACAAAGGAAGAAAAGAAAUAAGUGGUGUGAAUCCUAACAGUCAGAGUGUUUUCAUUCAGGAAGCUCCAGACACGUAUUUUUCUGAUUCUGAACGCAAAGUACAAGUAACAGACAAAAGUGAAAAAGAAAAGCAAGUAGAAAUAGCUUCUGAAAAAGAGUAUAGUAAAACCGAUGCGGAUAGUUUUAUAGAGAGAAUGUCACCGAGUAUUAGCUAUGGUGAAAAUAAUCAAGAAGACUGUGGUCUCUCAACUACUCUCUCACUUCAGAAUGAAAACUCUUCACCUGGUGAAAUAUUGGGAGAAAGAGCAACUGUAAAGAAAAAGACCUUUGGAAAACAAAAGAGCAAAUCAACUUUGGAAAAGUUCCCGAGACAUGAGCUAUCAAAUUUUGUUGGUGAUUGGCCAGUUGAUAAAACCAUUGGUCAGAGGACAAAAAGGAACCGAAAAAUGGAAAAAGCUUCAUCUGUACAAAGUGACAAAAAGUGUAAUCGCCCUCCAUCAUGCAAAGUAUUAGAUAAUAGUCUACCUGUGACUAUAGAUCAGACCCGGCAAUCAGGAUGUCCACAUGAAAGUGUAAAGGAUGACAGGAAGUCACAGUGUGAUGGUGCUUCAGAAGUUUUCAGUAGCUGUAACUAUGACACUUACAAAAAUACUGAAAAAAACUUAUUUGACUGGCCUUCAUCUGAUUCUUUAGCUCAGAGAGAGCAUAGAUCAAGAAUGCCAAAGACUGGUUUAAGUGAACCCAGCCUAGAAUUUGGAACUAAUGACAUUAUGAAUGAAAUAUCCUUAUACACAGUACAUGAGGCCUGUUGGGGCACAAGCCCUGAAGAACUAAAAACAUUGGGUAGCUCUAUUCUAGGAAGUUCUGAAGUGCUAUCUAGUGAAAUGACCUGUGAGAAUAAGACUUGUCCAAAUAAAAAGAUUCGUGGGCAACACACAUUGUCUCUUACUUUUACCAAUAGUGCUCCAACUAAUCCUGGAGUAGUAGGACCACAAACUUUAGCUGAAUUUCCAGAAGGAAAGCCUAAAGAAGUCCCUGGAAUUGAAGUAGGCAUGUGUACCCAGACUGAACCACAGGAUUUUGCUCUCUUAUGGAAAAUAGAAAAGAAUAAAAUUAGUGUUUCAGAUUCUGUGAGAGUAUUAACAGGAAGAUUAGAUGGAUUUAAACCAAAAGCUUUCAAUAUUAACACAAACUUAGAUGUUCAAGAAACAAUUCCAUAUCGGGUAAUGUAUGAUAAGAGCACGUUUGUUGAAGAAAGUGAGCUUACCAGUGCUGAUGAAUCUGAAAAUCUUAAUAUUCUUUGUAAACUGUUUGGAUCCUUUUCAUUAGAAGCCUUAAAAGACUUAUAUGAGAGGUGUAACAAAGAUAUUAUUUGGGCCACAAGUCUUUUGUUGGAUUCUGAAACUAAAUUAUGUGAGGAUACUGAGUUUGAGACUAUCCAAAAAUCAUGUGAUGAAGCACAAAUUGGGCCAUUUUCUUUGGGAUUUAAUUUGAAGGAAAUUAUUAACCAAAGAGGAACCUUAGAGGAUUCUAAUUCUGUGCCAGAAUUUAGCCAUGAGAUUGGUGUCACUAACACUAAUGUACAGUCUACCCGUGAUUCAGAAAAGGAAAACUUAGAGCAGGCAGAAAUAAGAGCUAUAACUAUUGAAAAACCUGGAUUAAUAAGUGUAUUUCCUAGUACCACUGUAGAUCUAAAGAAUACUAAUAAAUUACUUCCUAAUAGUCAGGCAGAACUUUCAGGUGUAUAUAACAUUAACCAGUCUUUUUCAGGUACUUUAAAAGCUCCUUUUGCUCGAGAUAUGAGUGAAAUGGAAAAGAAUCUAGAAGUCACAGAAAUUGGAGAUAGUAUGCGUUCUUUGAAUUUGUCUGAUAUUUUAAACUCUGUAUCGUGCACUUCAAAUCUUGAAUUAAAUGAAGAAAUUUAUUUUACUGACUCUUGUGAAAUAAAGAAACAUGAAAACCUUCCAAAGGAUUUUGUGAAAUUUCCAAACACAGAAGAAUUUGUGAAUGAAGAUGAACAGGAAAUGGAAAAAAUUUUAAUGGCAGGGAGUACUUUGCCAGCUGGCUUUAGUGAGGAAGAUAAAACCGAGAUGUUGAAUCCCAUGCCAGUGAUGGCCAAAUCUCUUACCAUAGACUGUCUAGAAUUGGCAUUACCCCCAGAACUGGCUUUUCAGCUCUAUGAAUUAUUUGGCCCUGUUGGCAUUGAUUCAGGGUCUCUAACAGUUGAGGAUUGUGUGGUUCAUAUAGAUCUGAAUCUGGCUAAAGUGAUUCAUGAGAAAUGGAAAGAAUCUGUAAUGGAGCGACAAAGACAAGAAGAGGUAUCUUGUGGCAAGUUUAUGCGAGAUCCUUCCCUGGUUGGGCAUAUUGGUCUUGAUAAUACUGAACAAAAGUCAUCUCAGAGAACAGGCAAAAAAUUACUGAAGACUUUAGCAGCAUCUGAAACGUUACCCUUAUUGGAUCAUUGGAAUACUCAGACUAAAAAAGUAUCACUCAGAGAAAUAAUGUCAGAAGAAAUUGCCUUACAGGAAAAACACGAUUUGAAAAGGGAGCCACUUAUGUUUGAAAAAGACUGUGCCACUAAACUAAAGGAGAAACAGCUCUUUAAGAUAUUUCCAUCCAUUAACCAAAAUUUUCUGGUGGACAUUUUCAAGGACCACAACUAUUCAUUGGAAAACACAGUGCAAUUUUUAAACUGUGUUCUUGAAGGAGACCCUGUAAAAACAGUUGUAGCGCAAGAGUUUGUUCACCAAAAUGAGAAUGUCACUUCUUACACUGUACAGAAGUCUAAGGAGAAAAAGGCAAAGAAGUCGAAAGAGACUGAUGAAAUGCCAAGUGAACCUUGUUUCCAGGACUUGGAGUACCCAGAGUAUGACGACUACAGGGCAGAGGCCUUCCUGCACCAGCAGAAGAGGGUGGAGUGCUACAGCAAGGCCAGGGACGCCUAUCGCAUGGGGAAGAAACACGUUGCCACCUUUUAUGCCCAGCAGGGUAGUCUCCAUGAGCAGAAGAUGAAGGAAGCCAAUCACCUUGCUGCCGUGGAGAUCUUUGAGAAAGUCAAUGCCUCCCUGCUGCCACAGAAUGUUUUAGACCUCCAUGGACUGCACGUGGAUGAAGCUAUAGAACAUUUGAUGGCAGUUUUACAGCAGAAAACUGAAGAAUUUAAGCAAAAUGGUGGCAAGCCCUAUGUCUCUGUGAUUACCGGGAGAGGAAACCACAGCCAGGGAGGAGUAGCUCGCAUCAAACCAGCCGUCAUUAAAUACCUCACAAGCCAUAACUUCAGGUGGGUUCUCUGAAAUUAAACCAGGGUGCUUGAAAGUCAUGCUAAAGUAAAAUAAACGUCCUUGACUUAGAAAUGUGAAGGUUUGUAUGUUAAAAUUAGUUUUAUUUGCAGUAAUUUAGUCAGUUUUACUGUCAACAUGUGUUUUAUUCGAAAUACUGUUCAGUUAUAAAACAAACAUUAUGAUGUUUUUCAAAAUUCAAGACAAGUUUAAAUUUUUAUUGAAUCAAAUGCCAAAUAUGUUGUCUGUUAAAACUAUUAAAUGUAAUUUUCUUAGAUAAAAUUAUCAGAUUCAGUUUUAAAGUGUGAACGUGCACAGAUUCUUUCUGAGAGAGAAAUUAUCUUUCUAUUAAUUGUUGUUUGACAUUUAGUGAAGAUCUAAUGGUAUCCAUGAGAGGUAUUUAAAGUGCUUUGAGACUUGGUUCAUGCCUUUCAAGACUGGUAUUAAAAAAAAAAUAGUAGUAUUUAAUGAAAGAAAGGAGAACUAACAAAAACACUUGAAUGCUUUUUUAUUUCAAAAGCAAAUUUAAAACUUUUAUUUUGCUGCAUCCUAUAGGAAGGAGGACAUGCUGUUGUGCAUUCUUCUGCUUUGUAUUUGUAUGUGAUCUUGAUCUCUUAACCUUUUGUUUCUUUUUUCUGUGUGUGUGUAUUUUCUAGGAGGAAAGUUGGGGUCUGAAAUUAUAUUGCAGUUUUAUACCUUCCAUAGGCAGAAAAGUUUUCAGAGAAGGAGAAGUGGUUAGAUAUCUACCAAAUGUUGUCGUCUUAGAAAACUGCUUCUAGAACUGUCUGUUGUAAGUGGUAUUUUAGAUAGUACUAAAGAGCUGUCUUUUAUAUUGAAGCAUGUAAUUUCUAAACUGCAGUAAGGUAAAAAUUCUAUCAACUUAAAACAAAUAUAGAAAACAUUUUUUCUUGCAAUUUAAAAGUUUUUUACCUUUAUUUUUAAAAAGAGCCAACUUUCUGAAAGGAAACCUUCAUUGACUUCUGGUUUUUGGUGAGGUAAAAAGUCCUGUUAGUAUGUCAAUUGAAACUUCCUUUAUACAAGUUCAAUGUGAUAAAGUAUAAUUUUCCAAUAUGAGAAAAUGGUUAAAUAAACCUGACUUUGGAUAUAGAGAAUACUUUCAACAUAUAUAAUUUUUAAAAACAGUUGUGUUACUUUUUGAUAAGUUUAAAAAGUCAUUUGGAUGAGGAAUUAUAGGAUUGAGCUGUAGCUGAAAGAAUCUGGGAUUACAGAAUGGUUUCCUAAAAUAAGAGACAUUUUAAUGAAAAUAAAACUCAAAAACACAUUUUUAUAUAUCAUAAAAGCAUGCUUUUAAAAAAGCUCUAUUAUUGAAUUUAUUUUACAAAAAUAAAAAUAUGUUUAUUAUUUAGAAAUGGUUAGUGACUAGCAUUGAAAUAUUAUUCAUACUCUAUGUUUCUAAUAAUUUGUUAAAAAAAGAAAAAUGCCAACGGUUUAGCAUAUGUUUUUUAUAAUGUCUAGAAGAGUUGUAUACAUUAAAAAGAAAACAGUUCAACCAUUUAUAAAAUUACAGUUGUUAAUGAUAUAAAAUAUUUUUAUGUAUAAAUUAAUCCGAUAUAAGAAAUGUGACUAACAAUACUAAAACCUAGAGUGAUUUGAGUGUGCAGCUUCAUAUUUUCUGUGUUUUUAUAUUUCCUCGCCCAGUUUAAAAAUUGCUUUUGAGCACUUCGGCUAGACUUACUUCACUAUUACCAUAGUUGUUAUUGUCGUAGGAGCAGUCAAGAACAAGAGGUGUGAGGUAUUUUGUGGCAGAAUCCAAAUGAAACAAGCUAUGUUUUAUGUUGUAUCAACUUAAAUUUUGUGCUUUAUUUUGCUAAAUCUAGGGUAUUUCUCCUUAAUCAUCAUUUAUGAAUAUAUAGGCGUAUUUUAAGCAUCAUAUGUAUUUUUAUGAAGUUGUUUAAUCCCAAACUGUCACCUACCCCUUGAUCUAGCAUAGUUUAAGCAACAGAUAAUUACGAAAAAAAAAAAUUUAUAAUUGCUUCUUGUUUUGACUAUUUAUGCCAAAGGUAAACAUAGUUCGGGGAUUAUCAAAUUUUUCACUUUUGUCCAUUUCUAAGUCCUCUGUGUCAAAAGUAAAGAUAAUGUGGGGAUUUUCAAAGUUUUUAUGUAUUGGUAGAUUUAUAAUAGUACAUGGUUCAUUUGAAUGGCUCUUUGCAGAAGUAUUAAUAUUUUAAAAGUGCAACACUUCUGUAGUUAGAAAGGUUUUAGUAGCAGUUAUAUCUCUCAGUAGUCUCUUACCAGUAUCUACCAGGUAAGGAGAGAACUAAUGUGGAAACCACAGGGGACCUGUAGUUGGACUGAGUGACCCUUAAGAGUAUUUUCUUCUUCUUUUUUUUAAUUUUAUUUUUGUUUAAAAUCUUAAGAGUAUUUUCAAUCCAUCCACUUCCUUACUUGAAUCUGAGAAAUGGAAGAAUGUUGUCUUAUAUUUAUUAGCUGUUCGUGUAUUCCUAUUUAUUUUCAAAUUGAGGUUGCCCCCAAUUUAUUAGUAUUUCCGUAUUAUUUGUAAUUCUAUGGCCUUUAAACAUAGGACAGAUAGUAGAAAUCCUGACAUAUUUUAAAGUAUCUUGUGUAUUAUAACACAUUUUGAGAAGAAAAGCCAAAUAAUUCUGUUGGAUUGUUUCUAGUCCUUUAUCUUUGUUCUUUUUCUUUUAAAAUUCAAGUGUUUUGUAUGCUUAGAAAAAGGGCAGGUAUAAUAGCAAGAUUGGUCUGAACUGGAAAUUGGAAAGUUUGAAACUCAGGAAAUUGCUCUGACAAUGUUUUAACUGCUCUCAGUUUAAGAAAAUGACAAAAUGUAUAAAAAAGAUACAAAAAUAGUGUUUGCUGUUUUUUUCUAAGUGCUUUUUCUAAGUGCUUUUCCAUUGUGCAAUGAGGUGAAGUUUGAUAAUUUUUCUGUGCAGUGGUUAAAUAGUGUUUGUUUCUCAUUAUAUGUUAAACAAAUUUAAAUGUUUGUGUGGCCAAAAAAGUAAAGUAAGUUUAUGUAGAAUGUUUGUUAAUGGUGCUUAUUUUUAAAAUGUAAUUCAAGUUUACAGUAUUACUUAAUGCCUCGUUAGAGAAUUCAAUAGACAAACAAGGCUAGAAUACAUCUACAUCCCGAAGAGCCUUUUAGAAUUUCACAAUGUAUGAUGAGAAAUUUUAUGAUUUUCCAUAAAGUUGAGCAAUUGACUUUUAUGGUCCAAAUAAUGAACCUAUUAUUAAUAAAUGACUGAAUUAACCGUGA